AUGAGAAUGAGGUCGCUUGGCGUGCAGCUGAAAGAGACAAGGAGAAGGUUGGAGGAGGCUGAGAGGAGACGAGUGGUGGAGACAAGGAAGUCAAGGGGUCAGGUGAAAGAGAGGGAGAGAGAGCUGGCUGCAGUGAAGGGGGAGGUGACUGAACUGAAGGAUGCUCUCAACAAGUUGGAUGUUGAGCUGAAGAUCAGCCAGAAUGAAGGCGAUGAGAAGACAGCAUGGGAGCUCAGAGGCAUUGUGUUGCCUGGGAGACAGGGCAUGAUGCCUAGGCUAGGACUGAGAGAAGAAGUGAAGCAGAAGGAAAUGGGACUGUGUCUCCCUGAGUAA